GGGGAUCCGGCGCGCCGGCGGGGCGCGGAGCCCGCGAGCCUGGCCAGCGAGGGGAGCCGCGGGGCGCGCGCCCCGGGGGGGGCUCCGGAACCGCGCAGGAUGCCCCACGAAGAGCUGCCGUCGCUGCAGAGACCCCGCUAUGGCUCAAUUGUGGAUGAUGAGAGGCUCUCUGCAGAGGAGAUGGAUGAGAGACGGAGGCAGAACAUUGCUUAUGAAUAUCUGUGUCAUCUGGAGGAAGCCAAGAGGUGGAUGGAAGUCUGCUUAGUUGAAGAAUUGCCACCAACCACUGAACUGGAAGAAGGGCUCCGGAAUGGAGUUUAUCUUGCAAAGUUAGCCAAGUUCUUUGCCCCGAAAAUGGUAUCAGAGAAAAAGAUCUAUGAUGUGGAACAAACACGUUAUAAGAAGUCUGGCCUUCAUUUCCGACACACAGACAACACCGUCCAGUGGUUGCGAGCCAUGGAGUCCAUUGGUCUACCCAAGAUAUUUUAUCCAGAAACAACAGAUGUCUAUGAUCGGAAAAACAUACCAAGAAUGAUAUAUUGCAUUCAUGCACUCAGUUUAUAUCUAUUCAAACUAGGAAUCGCACCGCAGAUCCAGGACUUGCUGGGCAAAGUGGAUUUCACAGAGGAAGAAAUCAGUAACAUGAGGAAAGAACUGGAGAAGUAUGGAAUACAGAUGCCAUCUUUCAGCAAAAUAGGUGGUAUUCUGGCCAAUGAACUGUCUGUGGACGAAGCUGCAUUGCAUGCUGCGGUCAUAGCCAUCAAUGAGGCUAUCGAGAAGGGAGUGGCGGAGCAGACCCUUGUAACCCUGAGAAACCCAAACGCAGUUUUAACUUUAGUGGAUGACAACUUGGCCCACGGAUAUCAGAAGGAACUUUGGGAAGCCAAAAAGAAUAAAGAGGAAAAUGCAAGACUGAAGAAUAGCUGUAUUUCAGAAGAAGAAAGAGACGCGUAUGAAGAGCUGCUGACACAAGCAGAAAUCCAAGGCAACAUCAAUAUGGUCAACAGGCAGGCUGCGGUGGAUCACAUCAACGCUGUCAUUCGGGAAGGCGACCCUGCGAAUACACUGCUCGCGCUGAAGAAACCAGAGGCCCAGCUGCCAGCCGUGUUUCCCUUUGCCGCUACCAUGUAUCAGAAUGAACUCUUCAACCUCCAGAAACAGAAUGCCAUGAACUACUUGGCGCACGAAGAGUUGUUGAUUGCGGUGGAAAUGCUGUCUGCGGUGGCCUUGCUAAACCAGGCCUUGGAGAGCAGUGAUCUUGUGUCCGUGCAGAAUCAACUCCGAAGCUCCGCCAUAGGCGUCAACAAUGUAGACGAGGCGCAGGCGGAACGUUAUGCGAAUGCACUACUCUCCCUUAAACUAGAAGCCUCAUCCCAAGGGCAAGAUAAUUUAAGCUGGAAUGAAAUUCAGAACUGUAUUGAUGUUAUUAAUUCUGAGAUUCAAGAAGAAAAUGACCGAAUUGUCGCUCUAGGAUACAUCAAUGAAGCUAUAGAUGAAGGGAAUCCUUUUAAAACAUUAGAAACCUUGAUGUUACCUACUGCUAAGAUCAGAGAUGUGGACCCAGACCAUGCCCAACACUACCAGGAUGUUUUGCACCAUGCAAAAUCACAGAAACUCAUGGACCCUGAUAGUAUUUCUAAAGUUCUGUGGCUGGAUGAGAUACAGCAAGCCAUCGAUGAAGCCAACACACACACGAGCAGAGCAAAGCAAUGGCUUACGCUGAUCGUUGACGUCAAUAAGUGUUUGGAUGGAAAUAAAACAAAUGAUAUUUUGUCUGUAUUGAAGUCCUCUGCUAGUAAUGUUCAAGACGUGAUUCCUGAAUGUGGUGAUAGGUACUACGAUGCCCUCUUCAAGGCCAAACAGUCCAAAUCUCAAACUGUUGCUAAUGAAGAAGGCUCCUGGAUCAAAUUCAAUCUGCAGGAGAAAUAUGACUACUAUUACAAUGUCGAUUCUCAAGAGAGUUCCUGGGUCCCACCCACAUCGGGCUUGCCUAAAGAAUCAUGGCUCACAGGAAAAGAAAUUGAGGACAUCAUUGAGGAAGUCACCGCAGCCUACAUCCGUCAGCAUAUGUGGUCUGCCCCCGAAGACCUGCUCCUCCGCUUCCAAGACACCACCUCAGGACCCAGCCUGAGGGAAGAGUUUGAAGCUAGGAAAGCCUUUUUGGGUGACCAAAUAGAAAAUGUGGUCAAAAUACAGGCUUAUUGGAAGGGACAAAAACAACGCAAAGACUACCUGGGCAGGCAGCAAGUGUUCCUCGGUAAUGUUGAUUCUGUUGUGAAGAUCCAGUCCUGGUUCCGAAUGGCCACAGCAAGGAAGAAUUACCUCUCACGACUGCAGUACUUCAAAGAUCACAAAAAUCAAAUUGUGAAAAUACAAUCUCUCCUGCGAGCAAGCAAAGCUAGAGAUGACUACAAAACACUAGUUGGUUCUGAGAACCCACCAUUAACAGUAAUCCGCAAGUUUGUACAUCUGUUAGACCAAAGUGACCUGGACUUCCAGGAGGAGCUGGAGGUGGCGCGAUUAAGGGAGGAAGUGGUGACCAAGAUCAGGGCUAAUCAGCAGCUGGAGAAAGACCUCAACCUGAUGGACAUCAAGAUUGGACUUCUGGUGAAGAACAGGAUCACCCUGGAGGAUGUAAUCUCACACCGGAAAAAGCUGAAUAAGAAAAAAGGAGAAAUGGAACUGCUCAAUAGCACCGACAACCAGGGCAUCAAAAGCCUCAGUAAGGAGCGGAGGAAAACACUAGAGACAUACCAGCAGCUGUUUUACCUUCUACAGACCAACCCUUUAUACUUGGCUAAGCUGAUUUUCCAGAUGCCACAGAACAAGUCGACUAAAUUUAUGGACACUGUUAUUUUCACACUGUACAAUUAUGCCUCUAAUCAGCGAGAAGAGUACCUACUCCUCAAGCUUUUUAAAGCAGCUCUGGAGGAAGAAAUAAAAUCAAAGGUGGACCAGGUACAAGAAAUAGUGACUGGCAACCCCACCGUCAUCAAGAUGGUGGUCAGCUUCAACCGAGGGGCCCGGGGCCAGAACACCCUGCGCCAGCUCCUGGCUCCAGUGGUUAAGGAGAUCAUUGACGACAAGGCCCUGAUCAUCAACACCAACCCCAUAGAGGUGUACAAGACGUGGGUGAACCAGCUGGAGACCCAGACAGGAGAAGCCAGCAAGCUGCCUUAUGAUGUAACCACAGAACAAGCCCUAACAUACCCAGAAGUGAAAAAUAAACUGGACACGUCCACUGCGAAUCUGAGAAGGGUCACUGACAAAGUCUUGAACUCCAUUAUUUCUUCCAUUGAUCUAUUGCCUUAUGGAUUGAGGUAUAUAGCCAAAGUACUGAAGAAUUCCAUCCAUGAGAAAUUUCCUGAUGCAACAGAAGAUGAGCUAUUAAAGAUCGUUGGAAACCUCCUGUACUACCGGUACAUGAACCCCGCCAUCGUGGCUCCAGAUGGCUUCGACAUCAUCGACAUGACAGCUGGAGGGCAGAUCAACUCCGACCAGAGGAGGAACUUGGGGUCUGUAGCCAAAGUGCUUCAGCACGCUGCCUCCAACAAGCUGUUUGAGGGAGAAAAUGAACACCUCUCAUCUAUGAACCAUUAUUUAUCAGAGACGUAUCAUAAAUUCAGGAAAUACUUCAAAGAAGCCUGUGAUGUCCUUGAACCGGAAGAAAAGUUUAAUAUGGACAAAUAUACAGAUUUGGUGACAGUCAGCAAACCAGUCAUUUAUAUUUCCAUUGAAGAAAUCAUCAGUACGCAUUCACUCCUGCUGGAACAUCAGGACGUGAUCGCCGCCGAGAAGAGCGAUUCGCUCAACGAGCUGCUCGAGACGCUGGGGGAGGUGCCCACCGUGGAAUCCUUUCUGGGUGAAGGAUCCAUUGACCCCAAUGAUCCUAACAAGGAAAGUACACUAAGUCAACUCUCCAAGACUGAGAUUUCCCUUUCCUUGACCAGCAAAUAUGACCUAGGAGAUGGUGAAUCUGUAGAUACCCGAAGCCUGAUGAUAAAGACCAAAAAGCUGAUCGUUGAUGUGAUUCGGAACCAGCCAGGAACCACACUGACUGAGAUCUUAGAGACACCAGCAACUGAAGAACAGGAAGAAGAACACUCCAAAGACAUGGUGAGCCGUGCGAUUAUAGAUUCCAGGACUCCAGGGAUGAAACAUGAGCAGCCAAUGAUUGAAGAGGGUCAUCUGCCCCUCGAGCAGAAGAAGAGGAAAAUCCAGAGGAACCUUCGCACACUGGAGCACACUGGACACGUAUCAUCCAAAGACAAAUACCAAGACCUUCUCAACGAGAUUGCCAAGGAUAUUCGAAAUCAAAGAAUUCAUCGCACGCUUCGGAAGGCUGAAUUGGCAAAACUUCAGCAGACCCUGAACGCCCUUAAUGAGAAGGCAGCGUUUUAUGAAGAGCAGAUUAAUUAUUAUGACACCUACAUAAAGACUUGCUUAGACAACCUGAAAAGGAAAAAUACUCGGAGAUCAAUUAAACUAGAUGUAAAAGCAGAGCCCAAAGGCACGAAGAGGGCGAAGCCGGUGAGGUACACCGCCGCCAAGUUGCAGGAGAAAGGCGUCUUGCUCGGGAUUGACGAUCUUCAGACAAACCAGUUUAAGAAUGUGACAUUUGAUAUCAUGGCUACUGAAGAUGUGGGCAUCUUUGACGUCAGAUCCAAAGUCCUCGGAGUGGACAUGGAAAAGGUGCAGCUCAAUAUUCAGGAUUUGCUCCAGAUGCAGUAUGAAGGAGCGGCUGUGAUGAAAAUGUUCGAUAAGGUGAAGGUGAAUGUCAACCUUCUCAUUUACCUGCUCAACAAGAAGUUCUACGGGAAGUGAAGUGCCUGCGGAGACCAUGGAUUCCGUAUCAUCUGGAUUGAGAAAUGAAUUUGCUUAGUAUUUUUGUUUUUAAACAUGAUUGAAAUCACUGCUCUUAAACGUGUGAUUUUUCUUAAAAGACCAAAACUGUUCGGAAGAAUGUACCCAUGUGCCUUUCUGAUAAUUUGAUACUACAGUAGGAUAACACACACACGCGCAAUGACUUAAUGUAAACACAUCCAUGUUGUACUGUGGUAUAGCUAUAAGUACUCUGAUUGAGCUCUCCAUACCCUGUGAUUUGUGUUAAACUAGAGGGACAAGUUUUAGGUGAUUAGGGACAAAUGUGUAAACCUAUUUUCCUAUGAGAAAUUUUAAAAUGUCCCACUUGAAUAAUGUCAAUUCUUCAUAGAUUUUUUUUUUGAUCUAUGGGGGAAAUGUAAAACCUAAUGAAUUUGUAAUGAAUUAUUUAGCCGUAGAGUUUGAAGCCCUGUCCUCUGGAAAAUAUUGAUCUUAAAGAGAACGUUUGUGCAAUUCGAGAUGAAGUUUUUAUAAGUAAUUGAAAGUAAGAAUACAGUAACACUUUCUGUAUGAAAGUAUAUAUUUUAUGUGAUUUAUUCCUACUAAAAGAAAGUACAAUACUCCUACAAAGACUCUAGUACACUAGAGUCUCUAGUGCCCAAGGAAUGACAUGGACAGUGUCAGAGCCCCGCUUCCACCCCUCUCGAUUUACCUGCAUACGACAAUUGUGCCUCUCAAUUUUUUUGUAAUGCUACCAAAUCAGUAUCUAGAUUGUUUUUAAAUGUAUUCUUUGAAAAUUGUUUUAUGUAAAAUAAAUGUUACUUAAUU